UUGAGGGCAAGAGGAUGAAGUCUGGACACCGUUGGGACGGAACUGCUUCAGAGAUGUAGAUUUCCCUACAAUUGAAUAAUCACCUAAGAACCCAGCGGUCAUCUUUUCCUGAGACCCUGAAGGACUGUGGAAUUUGAAUUUGAGGGGGUGAAAAGCUGAGGCCAGAUCUUCCAAAAGGCAACACUGGUAGCUGCUAAUGCAAUAUGAUCCUCUUGGACUCACUCUAAAAAUACCAUUCAGCUAGAGUACAUGCACAGGCUCUAUUCGCCUAAUUGGCCAAAGAUUGAGUAUUUUGUUUUCUGCUUCUCUAAUGGGAUGUCUCAAAGAUGUGAGAAACAUAUUCUGAAACGUUUAUGGUGCAUAAAACCUAGGUGGAAAUUAGCACACAUUUUGAUGACUCUAAUGUGCCUUCGAGGUUUUGUAUUAAUGCAGGUAGGCAAUUUUCUCUAGAGAUUUUCUAAAGCUAGCCACUUUUCUUAGAAGUCACUAUUGUAAUAAAAAGGUGGUCAUAGCUAAACCUGGAAUGUAGUCUUGCAUUUUAGGACAUCUGCUGGAAUGAUUGGAAUAUGUUUACCACAUCAAAACACCAAAUCACGAAAAGUUAUUUUUAUUUUUUGUGGACAAUUAACUGUUCAUUAAAGAGAACAAGUUGAAGUUUUAAUCACUUCAAGUGCAGCAGUCUUUAAAGAAGUUAAAUCAUGAGGAAGGCCGAAGUCCAGAUGACCCUCAAGAAGAGUGCUGAUGAAGAAGCAGGAGUAAUGGCACCUCCAAGCCCCAGGAUACCUUCAAAACGAGCAAAAGUUAGUUCUGAACAGGUCGUACCAGACCCUGCUAGUUCUGUCUUCCCAAUCCCAACACCUCCUGUAUUCAUUCGGAAGAUGAGGAACGCAGCUGUAGGUACCGGCUGUGACAUCCGUCUGAAAGUGGCCGUGGCUGGAGACCCACAGCCUUCACUGUACUGGUAUCACAAUGAUGACCUGCUCACCAUGGAAAACCAGGAAUAUGGAGGCCUGUGGAUCAGGGACUGUAAGCCCAACGAUGCCGGCCUCUAUACUUGCAUCGCCACCAACCAUCUUGGAGAGGCCAGAAGCAGUGCUGUUCUAGCUGUUUUGGAUUUGGGCGAAGAAAACUGGACACUCUAACCGAACAUUUGGGCGGUUUACUCAUGCGAAGUUUUCCGCUCCUGUCGGAAACAAAGUUAUGACUCUGAGACUACAGAAGACGAAGCUGCUGAGCCACAAAUACCCCUGGAAGGUAAAGAAGGAGCCCGAGGUUUUCAGGAUGAGGCCCAACGAGUGCCUGCAGUUGAGAGAAUGAUGGAUGUUGCCCCAGAUGCAAAUGAGCACUGGGCCGCCAGUGAAACCACAGUAUUGGAGAAAGAAGCACUAGCCCUGGGAUCGAGAGCUCCAGGGCAGCAGACAGCCAGGAGCCCAUCUGAAGAUGUUUUGAGGAAAUCCCCCCCUCAAGUCCUACCACCCCCUUCCCCCAAAAUAGGCCGUUCUACUGCCUCUCCUUCGCUCGGCCGCUCUGGUUCGGCCCCUGCAACGCCCCUAGCCCCACGCAAGAAAGUUGUCGUGCCAACUGAAUAUCAAGACACAGUACCAGGAGAGUUUGAGGAGAAGAUUAAGCAACCCAAAUCCUCAGGCAUGUCUCAGAGUAGUGCUCAAGACUCUCGACCCCAGACCCCAGUCAGUGAAUAUUCCCGUAAGGAACUUACACCUCGACCCUCACCAAAACUGACAAGAACUAGCUCCAAGAUCUUUGAGAAGGUGCGAGUCUUUGAAGAGCGCAGAAGAAGUAUCGAUAACCCAGAGGGAUCCAUAUCUGGACGUUCUUGGGCUGGAUUUAAUAGAGCCUCGUCUAUUGACUCUGAUGAGGGAGGGAGCCGUUUGGGAAUAUCGAGGGAGAGCUCCAAAGAGGACCUCCGUGAGGCUCUGAAAGCAGACGCAGCCCAGAGAAGGUCUGUGUUCAGACAGCGGGCUGCUUCCCUGGAGGACAGACCCCGCUACUCCCAGAAGGUACAGGACAUUGAAAACAAGUUCACAGAGGAGCUCCAGAGAAUCAAAAAGCUUGUGGGUAAACCACAUAUGAAGAAGUCCUUCUCAACAGAGCAGCUCUCAACUUAUUACAGGAGUAGGCAGCCUGAAAGGAAGCUAGAGCCCAUCCCACCUCAGGUUCUUCAAAAACUGCAAGAUCGAGAGCGUGCUCAGCUAGAGCAAGAAAGGAGAGAGAAGGAGCAAGCCAAAGAACGAUCGCUGCCAAAAUCACCAUCUCGCAAGCGAAAAGACCAGCUGAUGCAAAAACCAUUGGAAAAAGUUGAAAGUGAUCGCUCUGUCCCAACCACCAAGAUGGUUAACAUGUCCCCUCCAGAAGCCAUGUCACUCUCUGAUUUACCUGGACAGAGAUCUCCAAGGCUUGUUUGUGGCCCAAGCCCAAGCCGAGAGAGUCCUCGAAGGUCUCCAACUGUAGAUUUUACUGCCAUGGCUGAAGAGCGCUCUCGAGGAAGAGCUGAAUCUCCAUCCAGAAAUGUCUUUGAGAUGACACUACGCAAGGUGGAGCCAAGGCCUGCAAGUCCACUGGUAAAGAGGGUUGUUCGUGUUCAGGAAGUUCCACAAGCAGAAGAUGAGUUCAUACAUAGGAAGACGCCAAUAGAAGUCACAUUGAGAAAACUGGAAAGACGGCCUGAAAGUCCUCUGGUGCAGGGAGAAACUGUAGCUAUUCAAGAAAGCCUUGUCCAAGCUCCCCCAAAACUUCCGAGAUUGUCUUGGUCUUCCAUGUCUGAGGAGAAGAGGGAGCUGGAUGUGAAUCCUCUGCCACCAGCACUUAAGCUUACCAUACCAAAAAUAAUUGUUGAAGAGGAGCCAAUGGCGAUGGACACACCCACAGUUAAGAGUGAUAAGACUGUGAAAAUUGGCACUGGUAAAGAGGAAAAAUCCCAGAGAAGCAGAGGAAGGGGACGACGACAACGACCCAUGUCCCCGGAAUUUGAAUCGUCAGAUGACUCAUAUGUGUCUGCAGGAGAGGAUCCGCUAGAGGCCCCUGUGUUUGAGUUUCCACUGCAGGACACUGUGGCCUCCACUGGAACAGAGGUGCUUUUAAAAUGCAUCAUCAGUGGCACCCCUCUCCCGGAAGUUUCAUGGAAGAGAGACAACACUGAGAUCAAGAACAGCCCAACUCAUGUGGUCAGAGUAGAGGGAGAGCGGCACUCUUUGCUCAUCAAAUGGACAAAGCCAAGUGAUGCAGGGACAUACACAGUUAAUGCUACCAAUGAAGUGGGCAAAGCCUCUAGCAGCGCCACCCUAUUCAUCAAAUCAGAGCCCAAUCAGGACCAGCGCGGGAAUCUCGGUGUGCCCAUGGACGUCAGCAGUCCAAUCACAUCUGACGAGGAGUACCUCAGUCCUCUUGAGGAGGGAAUGGAUUUUUCGUCUUACAGGGGCCCUGAGCCGAGGAAGAUCGUGGACACACGAUUCAAGGAGCCUCCAGCCUUUCAGGCUGUUCUUGGAGACCAAACAGUUAUAGAGGGUCAAGAGGUGACCAUGUCUGUUCGAGCGAGUGGACAGCCUAAACCCAUGCUUUAUUGGCUGAGAGACAGAGUGACCAUUAAAACAGGUGCACGACAUAUCGUCCAAGAGACGGAAGAGGGCAACUUUGAGAUGAUAAUUAUAUCGGCACAGAAGUCAGACACUGGUGUUUACACAUGCAAGAUCAUCAACGAGUAUGGAACGAAACAGUGUGAGGGCAAACUGGAGGUGAAAGCUCGUCCAGUAGAACCAGGCCUCGCCAUCAUUCGGCCGGUGAGGGACAUUAUGGUGAAGGCUGGUGAGACAGCCCUUUUUGAGUGUCAUGUGAUCGGCCCACAGGACACUGAUGUUGAUUGGCUGUCAGAUGGGAAACUCAUCCAACCAGCUCUUUUGAAUUGUAAAAUGCACUUUGAUGGGAAAAGAUGCAGGCUGCUGCUUAACUCUGUACAUGAGGAUGAUAGUGGAACUUACACCUGCAAACUGAGCACAGCUAAAGAGGAACUGACCUCCAGUGCCAAACUAAAGGUAAUAGCAUCCAAAGAGCCCCUCUUCACUCGUAAGCUGGAUGUUCUGGAAGUGAUAGAGGGUCGCAACGCUCGAUUUGACUGCAAGGUCAGUGGGACACCGCCUCCUCAGGUCAUCUGGAGCCACUUUGAUCAUCCGCUGGAGGAGAGCGAAGACAUUCGGAUCUUGAAAGAAGGUGGGCGGCACUCGAUAAUUAUUUCUCAUGUUAGUAAUGAAGAUGAGGGUCUCUACACAGUAGUUGCGCGGAACGCAUAUGGACAGGACGAGUGUGCUGCAGAGCUGUAUGUGCAGGAGCCCAGGCCAGCAAUAUCCUCUCAAAUGGCAAAGCUGGAAAAGAUGCCCUCCAUUCCCGAGGAACCAGAAGUGCCUGAGAACGAGAUGGAACGCUUCACCAUGCCUGAUUUUGUCAAGCCGCUCUAUGAUCUCGAUGUGGUAGAGGGCAGAGAGGCUGUGCUCAGGUGCAAAGUGGCUGGCCUGCCGUACCCGACCAUCAUCUGGUUUCACAAUGGCAAGAGGAUUGAGAGCACAGAAGACAGGAAAAUGACACAAUUCAGAGACAUUCACAGUCUGGUAGUCCGCUCUGUGUGUCACGCCCAUGGUGGAGUCUACAAGUGUGUUAUAUCCAACAAGGUUGGCAAGGCCACCUGCUAUGCCCAUCUGUAUGUGACAGACAUACUUCCUGACCCACCCGAUGGGGCCCCAGUCAUUGAGUCCAUCACAGGCAAGACUAUCACGCUAAGAUGGAAGAAACCUAAAAGACUGGACCCGUCCAUUGAUCCUAGCACCCUGAUGUAUGCUGUUCAGCAGCAGGCCCUGGGGUCAAUCCAGUGGACUAUUAUCGCUUCUUGCCUGAAUCAGACCACCUAUACCAUCAGCAGUUUGUCUAAAGGUGUUCGCUACACCUUUAGGGUGCUAUCAAUCACCAGCAAGGCCUUUAGCAAGCCGUCGGCCGCCACCAAUCCAGUGCAGCUGCUUGAUAGAGGCCCAUACCUCCAGGAGGCUCCUGUAAUCACUGACAAGCCAGACAUCGUGUAUAUGGUGGAGAAGCUGCCCUUAAGCAUCACGGUCACUCUUAACCACGUAAAUGCAUCGGUCAUCUGGAAGAGAGGGGGAGUGACAUUGUCUAACAGACCGGGCCUGUUUGAGGUGAGCAUGCCCGAUGAUGACCAACACACACUGAGGCUGUGCAAAGUGAAGAACAGUGAUGUUGGUCAGCUCACAUGCACCGCCAGCAACCAGUUUGGCAGUGACUCCUGCAUCCUAACCCUGGAAAUGGCAGUGCCGCCAGCUUUUGAGACUAUCAUGGAAGACCUGGAUGUGAACGUGGGCGAGACUCCUCGCUUUGCAGUGGUGGUUGAAGGAAAACCCAUCCCAGACAUCCUUUGGUACAAGGGUGACAUCCUGCUGUCAGAAAGCAGCCAUUUCACAUUUGUGUAUGACGACAAUGAAUGUUCUCUAGUGGUGCUGAACACUCAGCCUGAUGACUCGGGAGUGUACACCUGUACUGCUAAGAAUCUGGCUGGCUCCGUGUCCUGCAAGGCCGAGCUUACUGUUCACACCACCAAAAAGGAGAUAGACAACUCCAUGGAGGAUGAGGCAUCCAUUUUGAGAAAAAUGCGGAGGCUCACUGAUUACUAUGACGUGCACAAGGAAAUUGGGAGAGGGGCAUUCUCAUAUGUGAAACGAGUGACACAGAAGGUGGGAAAGAAGGAAUUUGCAGCCAAGUUCAUCUCGGCUAGAGCUAAACGGAAGGCCUCUGCUCUGAGAGAGAUGAACAUCCUGUCUCAGUUGGACCAUGAGAGAAUCCUCUACUUCCACGAUGCCUUUGAGAAGAAGAAUGCUGUCGUCAUUAUUACAGAGCUAUGCCACGAGGAGCUUCUGGAAAGGCUAACAAAGAAAUCAACAGUAAUGGAGUCAGAGAUCCGGUACAGUGUAAGACAGCUGAUUGAGGGUAUUAGUUAUCUUCAUCAACAUGACAUACUUCAUCUAGACAUUAAGCCUGAUAAUAUCCUCAUGGCAGACCCCAGCAGUGAUCAGAUCCGCAUAUGUGAUUUUGGAAAUGCUGUAAAGUUCACGCCUGAUGAGGCACAGUACUGCAAAUAUGGCACUCCGGAAUUUGUCGCCCCAGAGAUUGUUAACCAGACACCCAUCUCCAAGGCAACGGACAUCUGGCCUAUUGGAGUACUGACCUACUUAUGUCUUACUGGAGUUUCUCCUUUCGUGGGAGAAAACGACCGCAGUUCUGUCCUCAACAUUAGGAAUUACAAUGUGGCAUUUGAAGAAAGCAUGUUUACCGACUUCUGUAAUGAAGCCAAGGGAUUUGUCAUCAAACUGCUGGUGGCUGAUAGAUUGAGGCCUGAUGCUAAUGAGUGUCUUCGUCACCCCUGGUUCAAGACCCUGAACAAGGGUAAGAGCAUCAGCACAGAUUCCCUCAAAAAGUUUUUGUCCAGAAGGAAAUGGCAGCGAUCUCUCAUCAGCUAUAAAUCUAAAAUGGUGAUGAGGUCUAUACCCGAGUUACUGGAUGACUCCUCCAGCCAUAUUUCCAUUGCUGUUCCACGACAUCUGAAACAAGGCUCACCACCACCUUCAUCAUCAUCAGAUUCUGAUGAAGACAUAGAUGAGCUGCCUUUUAUCCCAAUGCCCCUCAACAUGGAAUUCUCAGGAUCUAGAAUGUCACUGACUGAAAUUGUAGGGGAUGAUGAGAUGAUGGUUAGACCUAAUGGAAACGCUGAGAGGUCUGCAUCAAGCCAUCAUAAGUCAGAGCCCAUGGAAGUGGAGAUGCCAGAGAGAGAGGGUGGAGAUGCAGCAGCUAGGGGUCAAGCCAGGAAGAGGUCAACACAAGAUGAAGAAAAAGGCUCAUCUGAUGAAGAGCCAGCAGAACUUGUCAAAAAAGCAGAACAGGCAAAGAGGCCAAUGUGCAGAGGCUCAAGUAUGGAGUCAGAUGAGCCAGAGGGAGCACGUCGCAGAGGAGAGCUACGUAGAGGGAGCUCGGCCGACAGUGCCCUACAACUCCUUUUAAAACCAGAGGAGGCCACAGAGGAGAGCUCUGCUGAUGGACAAAAAAUUCUAAAAAAGUCUGUAUCUAUGGAGCUUCCACGGAGGAGCCCAAGUCCAGGAGCUGCGAAGCUGAGCCAGGAAGACUAUGCUUUGAAAUUGGAAUUAAUGAGGCAGAGACUCCUCAGGGGUGGCUCUGUAGACAACAAGAUGAGUGGAUUACGAGGUCCCCUUUUGGAGACCUUAGGUAUGGGGGAUGAGAAGCAUUACGUGCGGGCAUCUCGUCUAGGUAACCCCCCACUUGUUAGAGCGGCAUCCAGUGAGUCACCUAGAGAUGACAUCCCAAAGACCAAAAUACUGCAGAAGAGUGCCUCCUUCAGCCAGGGAGAUCCAGAGCCCAUGCCACUGCACCGACGAAUGGGUGCACCUCUAGAGAUCCCACUGGCGCAAAUAGAAGAGAGACGGCUACAGGAGGCUGUAUCUGUGUCUGCUCUCACUGAGCCAGUUAAGCUGGAUUCAUGCCCCAUCACCCCCAAACCCCAUUCAUCAGAACCAGAGAGGCAUGAGAAAGAAAACAAUGAAGAAAAAGAGCCAACAAUCUACAAGGACAGAAAAUCAGAGGAAGUAGUUGUUGAGUCAGUGAGUAAUGCAAGUGAAGACAGAAGUUUUGUUCAGAAAUCAUGGAAGACUGAUGCACUGGAAAAGGGCCAGAGCAAGUUAGAAGAAACCAAUAAAGAGCCUGAAGAAGAGGCUGGAAUUAAGCCGGAGACUGCCUCAAUUCUAAAAGCUGUGAUAGAAGAAGUUGAGGAAGAUGAAAAGAGAGAAGAUAAAGAGCCAGAGAAAGAAAUUGAGCAUUCUACUCCCGAGAUGGGGGUUAAAGAAGUUGAGGAUGAUAAGGCAUCAGCAAAGUCUACAGAGAUCACCAUUUCCACCAGCUCAGUCAUGGUGACCCCAGCAGCUGCUCCAGCUCCCACUCCCCAGAGUGUCAUCUCAACCUAUGUGGCUUCCUCUGUCCCUGCACGCACAGUGCUCCCAGAUGGUAGAACUUCUGCAUACGCCAGUAUCAUGCAGACCAUUAUGGAACCAUCUGUUCAGGCAUCCAGUGAGCCUACUGUGCCUACGUUUAAACCAACUUCCACCCUACCAUCAGUUCCAGUCUACACACCAAUUUCCAGAAACACCUCAGAACCAACCCUCAUAUCAGAUGCUUUAUCCAAGCCAGACAUUCACCAAACCACUGAACAUCCUGCAGUCUUUUCUAGGGUUGCAUCAUCAGAGCACCCUUCCAAAGAGUCGAGUCCACCGAAGACUCCAACCCGAGCCUCCCCUAAGCGAGAUUCAUUUCCUGUUAGCAACAUCCAGGAUCUUGCAUCUGAAGAGGUCUUCGAAGCUCGGUUCAAGAAGCGUGAGUCCUCUCUAACCCGUAGUCUCAAACGUUUCACGUGGCAAAAGACAGAAGAAAAGCCCACUACUGUUGCUGAAACAGCAGAAGAAAUGUAUCGCCCUGGGCCAAUUGGUGCUCCUUUAGAGUUUGUACCAAGGAGGUUCGAAGAGAAGUCCAAAUCAGUUCAAGAUCUACGUGAGGCAGAAAAGGACCCUGGGUUCAUGAGGAGACUUUCCAUGCGCUUGAAAAAGACCCCAUCGGUGGAGAGGAGAGAGGAGAAGCUCAAAGAGGAGGAGGCUUCAGCACCCAGGCGUCGUUUGUCAUGGGCAUUGGGACGUAGAGGAUCCCAAGAUAAGAAGGAGAUAGAGAUGAUUAGGUUGGAUGGAGGCCCUGAAACUCCCCUGGAGCCAGAGUCCAAAGCGCCCUCUGAGUCACCUAUCCUUGCCAUGCGCAAGAAGAUUGGCAGUACCAUGGCAAGCAUUUCCACAAGGAUUAGAAGCCAAUCUGAAGAGAGGAAGGAGGACAAUGAAGGCAAGACAGAGAUCAAGAGGACACCAAUAUUCUCCAUACUGCGCCGUUCCAGCUCAGAGGGGGGCAGUCUGAAGAGGAUGGGCGUCCCACCGCACCAACUAGCUACCCAGUCUGGGAAAGGGGCCUCGUCAGAAUCUUUAGAUUCUAUGUCAAGCAUCCAGUCUGAAUCAGCAGUGAAAAGUGCAGACAUUGUACGCAGAUCACGGUGGGACCGCUGGGGAUUGACAAGAGGAAAAAGAGACAAAACAGUUUCCCAACCAGACAUCCCAGCUUCCAUUGCCAGGGAAAAUGGCUCACUCCGCUCUUGCCAGUAUACUCGGCUAGCAUCUGACUUCCCUCCUGUGUUCCAUAUUAAACUGAGGGACCAUGUUCUCUUGGAGGGAGAUCCCGUGACUCUUAGCUGCCUCCCUGCUGGCAGCCCUCACCCUCACAUCUCAUGGAUGAAAGAUAAGAAACCACUUGAGAUUGACCCUAGGAUGAACAUGAUAUCCUGCCCUGAUGGGAGACAGCUGCUGAUGAUUAUGAAGACCACCCAAAAAGAUGCAGGCCUUUAUGAAUGUGUGGCUUCAAACCCACUGGCCUCUGUCACCAGCUCAUGUGUUGUGUCCCUUGCUCGUCUGCCGAAUAGGCCUGGGACCCCUGAAAUACCUCAGAAGUAUAAAAACACUGCCCUGGUGGUGUGGAGACCCUCAGACACCACAGCACCAUGCACCUACUCUCUGGAGAGGAGGACAGAGGGUGAGACUAACUGGCUGAUUGUAGCCACUGGUGUGGCUGACUGUUACUACAAUGUAACAGACCUUCCAGCUGGUGCCAUGACCAGAUUCAGAGUGGCCUGUGUCAACAAGGCUGGCCAGGGACCUUACAGCAGUUUGUCUGAAAAAGUGAUCCUGGACUCUACAGCACCUCAAAAGUCCAGUGGAACAGUUGUUGUCAAAACACUUUCUUCAGCUCCUGGACCUGCAGUGGUAAAAUCUACCAUGACUGUGCCUGCAAUGAAGCCUGCUGGUAUAAAACCAUCAGUUCCACCAACAACUUCUGCCCCCUCUACAGCCCAGCCGUUAAAGCCUAUCUCUCCACCUACUGCUCUUGUUUCAGCUUCUACACCGUCCCCUGCUCCCCUUGCCCCUGCCCAUCGUACCACACCUGACAUUCAAACUCCAGCCCCUGGUGCUCCUACCCCAGCUAAAUCCAAGACCACCCUCAGCAUUACAAUGGCAAAGCCCUCUCCAGCCUCCCCUGCAGCUCAGCCCCCUCCCGCCAAACCCUCGCCCCCUGUCGUACUGCCCAAACCUCAGAGCCCUGUCACUAUUGUCACAUCCCCAGCCCAAACUCCCCCUGUGUCUCCACCUCCUCUGGUGUCUCCUCCUCCUGCUAUCAGCAAGCCUAUCUCUUCGGUGCCUAUGUAUGUCCCAGCUACCACAAAAGCACAAGUGACACCAGCCACCCCAAAUAUGUCCUCUCCUGCCCUGUCACCACCGGUGGUGUUGGUUACAAGCCUGAGUCCUGUAGGGGAGGGUACAGGUACACCCAGUCGUAUGACCCCAAGUGGAAGAUCUACUCCGUCUGGAUUCAUCACGGGGCGCAUGACUCCUUCGGGAAAACCUGGAGACUCAACCCUAAGGCAGGGAGUGCCCCAGAAACCAUACACAUUCAUGGAUGAGAAAGCUAGAGGUCGUUUUGGUGUGAUCAGAGAGUGUCGAGAAAAUGCCACCGGUAACCAGUACAUGGCCAAGAUUGUUCCAUAUGAGCCUGAGAGCAAGCAGGCCGUGUUACAGGAGUAUGACAUCCUGAAGUCCCUCCACCACGAGAAGAUCAUGGCUCUUCAUGAGGCCUAUGUCACCCCACGCUACCUGGUGCUUAUCUCUGAGUGCUGCUCAGGAAAAGAGCUGCUCUAUAGCUUGAUUGACAGAUUCAGGUACUCUGAGGAUGACGUGGUGGCAUAUAUCGUACAGAUACUUCAGGGUCUGGACUAUCUGCACAGCCACAGAAUCCUGCAUCUGGAUAUCAAACCAGACAAUAUUAUUGUUACCUACAUGAAUGUGGUGAAGAUUAUUGAUUUUGGCAGUGCACAGACCUUCAAUCCACUCUUCCUCAAGCAGUUCAGCCCACCCAUUGGAACUCUGGACUAUAUGUCUCCUGAGAUGUUGAAAGGGGACGUGGUGGGUCCACCAGCUGACAUCUGGAGCAUUGGUGUACUAACUUACAUCAUGCUCAGCGGGAAGCUGCCGUUUACAGAGAAUGACCCUGCUGAGACAGAGGCCAGAAUCCAGGCCGCCAAGUUUGACCUCAGUAAGCUCUACCAAAAUGUGUCCCAAAGUGCCUCUCUGUUCCUCAAGAAGAUCCUGUGCAGCUACCCUUGGGCCCGACCGACCAUUAAAGACUGCUUUAACAAUUCGUGGCUGCAGGAUGCUUACCUAAUGAGAUUGCGGAGACAGACUCUCACCUUCACCACCACACGCCUCAAGGAGUUCCUGGAGCAACAGCAGCAGAUAAGGGCCGAGGUGGCAACAAAGCACAAAGUCCUUCUACGUUCCUACCAGAGUACCCCUCAGACCCCAUCCACCCCCUCAACACCCAGCACCCCUACAACACCCAUCUCUCAGUGAGCUCCACCACUGGGCAUUCUCCAGAGAGACAAGAAAAGGGCUCCAGGGGUCUUUGGGACAAUGACACAGAGAGACACAGCAUCAAGACAUCCCAGCAACCUUUACACUGCCGGUUAAUGUGCAGUAUGUAUAAGAAGAUCUUCAACAGGAUCUCCUGCUCUGGUCCACAGAGUUGAGACAGUUUUGAGACAAGAAACACAAACAGAAACAUUUCUUGUCCAAGCUGACAAAAACAUAACGGGCAUCGAUGCAUUUACCUUUGUCAGCUGUGGCCAGCAUGCACAGUGCAGCUGAGUUUAUUGUCCAGGAACUUGUCCAUAUUUUAAGCUCUUUCCCUCUACUGUAGGACACAUUUUCCCAUGACUUUCUGACAAACCUACUUUAGCUAUUAUCAGUGUUGCGUCUCUAGCAAGGGGUCGGGAACUUUGGACCCAUCCUGGUCGAGCAGAGUGACUGUGUUUCUUACACAAAACCCAUUAUAGUCCAUCACUUGACGCAAAAAAAUGUCAUGUCAGUGUGUAUUUUUUGUGGUGUCUUCCACCUGUAAACCAGGGCCUUGAGAUUUGUGGAAAAUGGUGUAUAUCUUUUUUUCAACUAGUUUAUAUGGCAUAAUUAAGACUUUUAUUACUAGUAGUUGUUAUACUGAACGUGAUUAUCAGUAUAAAUGAAAAUUAUUGAUAGCUCACUGACUGAAUAAUGUUGAGCACUCUAGUUUUUACUGUAGUGCCAUCAACUAAGAUUUUUCGUCUUUUACUAAAGUGUAUUGACCUAAACUAAAGUGGAUUGAAUUUAUUGUAAUAUUAAAAAAGGCUUUUGUGGACCUCACAGUUUUUAGAGAGCGACAUUUGUGCGAGAAUUCCCAGUGCAUUAAAGCACAUUGAGAAAUUAUGUGAAUUCAACUUUUUAUAUGUUGCUUUGAACACCAGGAAUGUAUUAUUUAUGGCAGAUGUCAGUGCAUCGGUAUAGCAUACAGUAGCAUACAGCAUGCAUCAGGAAAAAUUCCUCUUCAUAGCAUAACUGCAGCACCAUUGUUUUGGGAGAAAACUCAGUCCAUGUGUAUUUGAGAGGAUGUUAUGGUGGCCAAAGUUGUCUUUAGCAUCAGAAAGCUGGUUAAAGACGUAUUUGACUAGUGAUCUUGUAAAGAGGCUUUUAACUUGAUUGGAUGGAAUGGAGCUGUCUCAGUGAAGUGCCAAUUUUCACUCUUGUCAACCUGAUUUUAAUUUUAUUAGAGACAAUGUUAUAACAUAUAUAGUUUGUAUUAUUUCAAUUUAUUUUUUAACAAUGUGCAUCCUGUUUGGUGAACAUAGAGUUACAGAACCAGUGCUUGUUUUAUUUUUUGUUUGUUUUUUAAUUUAAUGUUAAUGAAUCAAAUGGAUGAAUUAGGGAUUCUUAUUAACACACUAAAAAAGGGUCUUCUAUUUGUAACCUCAUCAGGGGCGUAGCAAUCAUUUCAAAAGUGAGGGGGACAGAACGAUUAGCGCAAGACGAACAUAAACAUAUAAGAUAUAUUUUUAAGGCUCUCAAUCGAUUAAACAUUUUUAUUGAAUUAAUUACGAGUGACCAGUGAAUUUUAACUUUUGCAUUUAUACAUUUAUACAUUUGCUGUAUGAAAGACAAAGCGUAACCACAUUUGCCCAGUGAAAAAUUGCAGGGAAUGAACUUUGGUUUUGUUGAAAGUGAGGGGAACAUGUCCCCCGCAUCCCCUGCGUAUUCUACACCCAUGAACCUCAUAAUGCCCUAUUUAAAAAUGACAGAAAACCUACAAAAUGGCAAGCCAAGUGGGGGGAAAUAUAAAAAGUAAUGUCCUUAUUGUUUUAUUAUCAUCCAAUUACAUUUAGUGGCACAUAAAAGUAAUGUUGUCACCGCAACACCUUUGACCUUCUUAUCACAUAUAGUAAAAUAUUGGCUUGGAUUAUGAAUUUUAGUUCGCUCUGUGUUUAUUGCAGUACUUGCUAUGAUGGUUCAGUGCAAACUUUCUUCUGUUUUUUAUUACUUUGCAUAAAUGCUAUCCUAGGCUUUUUUUCUAGCAUAAUUUGUUUAUAACUUGGGAUAUUCAAAUAAGAGUUGAUAAAGCUUUAAAUACAGUUUCAAAUAAUACAGUAUGAUGCAAGAUUUAAAACUGAGUGAAAAGACAUAGAAUCACAGUAAUGAGAAAAGAAUUGUUGGACAGCUGUAUGUUGUUGUGAAUAAGGUUUUAUAUUAUUUCAUGUGUGUGCGUGUGUGUGUGUUUACUACUCUCUUUAGUCAUGCCGAACAACCCUUUAAUGUGAAACUAAAUCAAGCUUUUCUGGAAUGAAUUAUGUUGCACUAAAACAGUGACAAAAAUGUGGAGAUAAUAUGAAUGUUUUACAGUAGAAUGAAGUGUGUAUAUGUUGAUAUUAAAACAUGACCUUUCAUGAAUAAAAUCAGCUGUCA